CGAUUGUCAUAUCAGUAGUCUCUUGUUUUUUUAAUACUUGUUUCCGUUGUUGCUCUGAUUGUUGAAGAUGAGCAUACCUUUGUGAGAAGUCUAUAAUUUUCUUCUAAAUAAUUUGCUUGGUACUCAGGAGGAUCGCAAGGAUGUAUUCAUUGAAGGCAAUACACGAUUUCACCGAACUGUCCAUCAAUAGUCCGAUGUACAGAAUGAGGAAUCUCCUCAAAAGAGGUGUCUCACCUGUGGCAGCUAAAAUGACCGCAUCUGUCCCUACUAGAGAUCAGCAGGUCUCUACGUCAACAUACGAUGUUGUAAUUAAUGCAAAUCCAGACUAUGCACCGUAUUCUCUAUUGGUCUUAGAAAAAUGGUGGAAUGGUAUGAUUGGUACACAAAUAGUAUCAUACUGUCAUUCCUCGAUUGAGAGGCUACCAGAAUAUCUAAAUUUAUUCACUCAGAGUAAAUUGCCUUCCCAGCAAUCAAGACGGAAAAUUAUGGUCAACAUCACACUAAUUUGGAAGAAAG